UAAUUAACUAUAUAUAUUUUUGUACGACUGCAAUGUUUAACACACCCAAAGUGCAUUUAAUACUAAAUAAAAACAACAAAAGUACGCGUAAAAAAAGUAAUAACGGGAAAUACAAGCAAUAAAACGAAUAAAAAAAAAAUCAUAAAUUACAAGCAAAGCGUUAUAAAAGCGUGUAUAAUAUUUUAUAUAUUAACUGUGAAAAUGUAAACCGCAUAAUUAAUUGCCAACACGAAAAGUAACUAAAUAAAUACCGAAGUGAACGUGAUACGUCCUCAACCCACAUAACAGAUACAAAUAAAUAUAUAGAUACAUAUUAUCCAAAGAGCAGCUGUCUGUCCACAAUGCGUCGCAAUAUCAAAUUGAUUGUCUUCGUCAGCAUCAUUUGGAUGUUUGUGAUGGUCUACUACUUCCAGUCCAGCACCGAGAAGGUGGAAAAUCGUGCACUGCGGCUACGUGAGGUGGCAACGGCCAUGCAGCAGCAGCAGCAGUACCAGGACGACUCCUCGUCGGUGGCAGCAGCGGCAGCAGCAGCUGGCGGCGCAUCCACAGUCCGGCUCUGGGCACCAGCCGGUGGCGGAGUGGGCCUGGGUGUUGGCAGUGGGGCCGAUGAUCCCGGCGGCAAUGUCAUUCUAAUCGGUUCGGUUAAGGACUUUGAGCGCAAUGCGGUCCAUGGCCUCAAACUGAAUGGCAUUGUGGCGCUCGAAGAGACGUCGCAGGCACACAGCGGCGGGGGCGGACGACUGCCAAUGGCACCCAGUGGCCGUGGCGGCACCACCGAGGUGGAGUACUUCGAUGAGGCGGGCUACAUACGAGCGGGUGCAUUGCGCAACGGGGAGGAUCCCUACAUUAGGAAUCGCUUCAAUCAGGAAGCCAGCGAUGCACUGCCCAGUAAUCGUGAAAUACCCGACACCAGGAAUCCAAUGUGUCGCACCAAGCAAUAUCGCGAGGAUCUGCCCGAGACUAGCGUCAUUAUCACCUUCCACAAUGAGGCGCGCUCCACGCUGCUGCGCACCAUUGUCAGUGUGCUCAAUCGCAGUCCGGAGCAUCUCAUACGCGAGAUUGUGCUGGUGGAUGACUUCAGUGAUCAUCCUGAAGAUGGCCUGGAGCUGGCCAAAAUCGACAAGGUGCGCAUCAUACGCAACGACAAGCGUGAGGGUCUGGUCAGGUCGCGGGUGAAGGGCGCCGAUGCCGCCGUCAGCAGUGUGCUCACGUUCCUCGACAGCCACGUGGAGUGCAACGAGAAGUGGCUGGAGCCGCUGCUGGAGCGGGUGCGCGAGGAUCCGUCGCGGGUGGUGUGUCCCGUCAUCGAUGUGAUCAGCAUGGAUAACUUUCAGUAUAUCGGCGCGUCGGCCGAUUUGCGUGGCGGCUUCGAUUGGAAUCUGAUCUUCAAGUGGGAGUAUCUCAGUCCCGCGGAGCGUUCGGUGCGUCACAACGAUCCGACCACGGCCAUUCGAACGCCCAUGAUAGCCGGCGGCCUGUUUGUCAUCGAUAAGGCGUACUUCAAUAAGCUGGGCAAAUACGACAUGAAAAUGGAUGUGUGGGGCGGCGAGAAUCUGGAGAUCUCGUUCCGUGUGUGGCAGUGUGGCGGCAGCUUGGAAAUUAUACCCUGCAGUCGGGUGGGUCACGUCUUCCGCAAGCGGCAUCCGUACACCUUUCCGGGCGGCAGCGGCAAUGUGUUUGCCCGGAAUACGCGACGUGCCGCAGAGGUCUGGAUGGAUGACUACAAGCAGCAUUACUACAAUGCCGUGCCACUGGCCAAAAACAUUCCAUUCGGCAACAUUGACGACCGUCUGGCUUUGAAGGAGAAACUGCAUUGUAAGCCAUUCAAGUGGUAUCUGGAGAAUGUGUAUCCCGACCUGCAGGCCCCCGAUCCACAGGAGGUUGGCCAAUUCCGACAGGAUGGCACCGAAUGCUUGGACACAAUGGGCCACCUAAUCGAUGGCACUGUGGGCAUCUUCCCCUGCCACAAUACGGGCGGCAACCAGGAAUGGGCAUUCUCGAAGCGCGGCGAAAUCAAGCACGACGAUCUCUGCCUGACACUGGUGCAGUUUGCACGCGGCUCCCAGGUGGUGCUGAAGUCGUGCGACGAGUCGGAGAACCAGCGCUGGAUAAUGCGGGAGGGCGGCCUGGUGCGACACCACAAGAUCAAUGUGUGCCUGGACUCGCGCGAUCAGACGGCACAGGGCGUGAGUGCGCAGCACUGCAAUUCCGCUCUCGCCACGCAGCGCUGGUCGUUCGGCAAGUAUGCGUGAGAGCGAAAGCUGACUGACUAGGCUGAACGCUGUCGAGAGAGAGAGAGAUAAAAAAAGGAGAGAGCGCGGGACACAGUGAUAUUUGUGCAAGUGGAUGGAAGAGCAAGAGCAAGAGGAAGAGGAUGCCUACCUAAACUCUGUGUGGAUUGCAUGUGGAUUGUAUGUGUAUUGUAUGUAUUCGUAAUGUUUUUACCCAUGUUGAUUUGUUGCUGAACAUAAAACACACACACACACACCCAUAACUACAUAAAUUAUGCGCCUACAUUUAAACGAUAAGUUCAACUUUAGUUAAAGAGGGUUCAAACACCAUUUCCUCCUGGGGGUUAAAAGCUACAUCAAAACGACAACAACAACAACAACAACAAAUAUAUGAAAUGCAUACACAAAAAAUGUACUUAGACUGAUUAAUUUUUUUGUAUGAUGUAUACAAAAUAUGAGUAUAUGAAAAUGAAAUAAUACUUACUAUUAAAAUGAUGUAAAACUUUUGGCAGCUGCUUGACAAACAAACAAA